AUAUAAGUAAGGAAUGGGUAGCAGUAAUAGCACCCAGAAGGGUUCAAGCUCGACACAAUCACCCAUUUCCAAUUCUGCAGUUGGAGAUGGCAUCAAGUCUAUCCGAACAACGAGUGUUUUCAAAGCUAUCAACUUUGAGCUGUAUGUUAAACCUAACUUGGCUGUUAUGUCAUUUGGUGUGGUAGCAAUUAUAUGCAGUGGAGCAUACUUAGCAUAUAUGAAGUCUCAACAGCGAGAAUCCAAGACCUAUGUUGCAAUAGCGGAAGAUGGCACGCAAUCCCUUACCCAAAAGAAAUCCAAAUGGGAUUGAAUGUUACAAUAAUAGAUGCAAUAUUUGCAUGGUAAUUAAAUGGCAUCUUAUUCUACAAUAAACUUAAAAGAAUAAAAUUAAAAUAUUAUAAAAACAGAAAGUGGGUAUUUAUUUUGUACAGUUGAUUCCAAGUCUAAGAAAUUUCAAAACCUAAGAAUGAGUGUUAUUUUAAGCUAUAUAGCUUUGUAAAAAUACAAAAUAAAAUUCCUUGACUGCAGAUUAAAAUUUUUAAUGCUUACAAACUACAGGUACUUGUAUAUUAACUAUAGCCUCACAACCUAAACUUAUUUUGUAAUGAAUUUGUUUUAUAAUAAAUACACAACUUAA